AUGUUCGGUCGCCCUUAUCUCACUUACUUCGUUUCUUUCCUAGCUCUACUAGGCCCUGCUGCGGCUGCCGAGCUCUAUCGCGUGGAUUUCCGCCCACCUGUGCAGGUUAAAAAUGACGGAGGUCUCUUGAGCCGUAACCCUGACGGGGACGGCUCCGUCAUUGACCAUGUCAAGAAUCUCUUAGGAAACGAUGAUCCAUGGGUGUCGACCACGACCGAUUAUAACUUCGCCAAAUCAGGCCUCGAUCCUGUUGACACUAUCAAAGCGUUCCAGGAUGCGGGCGAACCUCACCCUCAUCCUGCUGAGAAGGAAUUUUCAAUAAAGGGCUCUGUCCCUUGGGAUCACAUAACUAAAUGGGACACAUUCAAGAGGAACAAGAAGACCGCAACCACGACCAGGGAAGAUUUUGAUCGGGGCCAGGGCGGGAGUGCUAAGGCACGAUCAUUCACUGCUUGA